GGGCAGCUCUCCAAGUGGAAGUGCUGAGAAGCGAGCAAAGCAAAUUCAGAGCAGCCAGCAAAUUUUCGCAUUCGUGCAAAAGACCAGAACAGUGAAAGUGUUUAGUAAAUUACGCGGUCGGCUUGCAUAAUAUCAGGUCGUUCGUGUGUCGUCCACCCACUACGAUAAGAGGUCAACUCGCGCUGAAAUUAGUGAUGAACUGAGCGUCGCUCUGUGCCGUGAUAAAAUCGUCCCAGCUAUGGAUACGUCGCACCACUGAUUUUUCUGACCGAGAGCACGACGAACGGAAUCUUCCUCUCGGACCAACAGCCGAUUAACGUGGACAUGGAUUUCAAAAGUGUCGUCUACACAGCAGCCAGGGAUGGAAAACUCCGUCGCCUGAAGGUGUUCCUGGAGCACAGAGCGCGCUCUGAGGUUCUGAUGCUGGUCUCGUCAAAGACGAACAACGCGACGCCGCUGGUGAUGGCCUGCAGGUAUGGACAUUUCGACGUCGCUGAGUACCUCAUCGAAAAGUGCAACGCCGACAUCGAGCAGCCCGGAGCAGUCGUGUUCGACGGGGAAACCAUCGAGGGCGCACCUCCGCUGUGGUGCGCGGCGGCCGCCGGACACCUUGCCGUGGUCAAGCUGCUGGUGCGGCAUGGCGCCAACGUCAACAGCAUCACCAAGACCAACUCGACGCCGCUGCGGGCGGCCUGUUUUGACGGCCACUUUGACAUUGUCAAAUUUCUCAUUGAGCACAACGCAGACAUUGAAAUUGCAAACCGGCAUGGUCACACGUGUCUGAUGAUCGUCUGCUACAAGGGCCACAUCAAGAUUGCCAAAUUCCUGAUCGGACUCAAAGCAGACGUCAAUAGGAAGAGCGUCAAAGGAAACACGGCCCUCCACGACUGUGCCGAGAGUGGAAGUUUGGAAAUCAUGAAACUCCUUCUUCACCACGGCGCUGUUAUUGAAGUCGACUCCUACGGAAUGACGCCUCUGUUGGCAGCAAGUGUGACCGGCCAUUCCCAUAUUGUUGAGUAUUUCAAGCAGCAUCCAGGCCUGGUGUCCAGGAGGGACAUGGUCAAUGCUAUGGAGCUUUUAGGGGCAACUUAUGUGGACAAAAAGAGAGACAUGAUGGGUGCGCUUUCCCUUUGGAGACAAGCCAUGGAGGAUAGAUUUGCCGACGGCAAAGAACCUAUUUUAAAACCUGAAUCUGCCAAAACUGUGGACGCCUACAACAACGCCAAGGAGGUGCUGAACCUCGACGAACUGGAAGAACUGGUUUCCGACCCUGACGAGAUCCGAAUGCAGGCCCUGUUGAUCCGGGAGCGUAUCCUGGGCCCCGUCCACCCUGACACAAGUUACUACGUCCGGUACAGAGGGGCCGUGUACGCCGACGCGGGGCAGUUCGACCGAUGCAUCGCCUUGUGGAACUACGCCCUGGACAUGCAGCAAAAGAUUCUCGAGCCGAUGAACCCGAUGACCCAGAGCAGCCUUUUCUCCUUCACCGAACUAUUUUCGUUCAUGAUCAGUGAGCGAUCUCGGUUCCGCAACAGCAACUCGGGUGGCCGAGGUGGAAGACAAAUCCCUCCGGUCGCCUACGACGACAUCCUCAACGUCUUCAAGAAAGCCUUGCAGGAGCUCGAGCUUGGAAUGGCCAAUCCGAGCAGCGAGAAUGCCGCGGUCGGUCAUUUGCACCGCACCAUGGUGCUCACUAUGAACAUCUGCUGCCUCCUCGCCAGGCACAUGAAUUUCCUCAAGACAGCGCAGUCUGAACGGCUCUUCCAACUCACGAAAGAACUUGUCAAGAUGUGGCCAAUUGGAAAUAAAGGGUUCACCUUGCUGCACAUUGCCUGUUCCCGUGACUCUUCCGUGGCCAAGAGAUACUCGGUAUGUCAGUUCCCUGCGCCAGAGCUGGUGACCCUUCUGCUCAAGGCAGGCCACGCACCCAACGCUCGAGACGUGGAUGGCAACACCGCCCUCCACGUGGCCGCCCUGGCCAAGCCGUGCACCCCAGCGCUGGCCAAGGCGCUCGUCGAAGGCGACGUCCACCUCGAUCUAGUCAACAAAAACGGCAAAACGUUCGCGCAGCUGUUGCAAGACCAGAAAGUGCUGGACCUGGUCAACCCGGUGCGGCACACCAGCCUCAUGUGUCUUGCCGCCCGCACCAUCAACAGGCACAUGGUCCCCUACAAGGGCCACAUCCCUGUCCGCCUCGAGUCCUUCGUCGCCAUGCACUGAGAAGCGACUGCCGAUGGUUUCUGAACUCUGCAGGGGAGAAACGUGUAUUUUCGCUUUUUAAUUUUACUGAAUACAAAAAAAAAAGAAUAUGAAAAAACGCCUGCUUGAAGACUCCUAUGGAAAUCUACGUGAUACAUUUAUUUCUCAAUGAUUUCUCGUUUGUUCAUAACUCACCCUUCGAAGUUGGUUUUACCACACUGGAAACCUUUGGUCCUUUUCACGCUGGUUGCUGCUUUUACAUCUUUCACAGAUGCUCAAAGUAUUCGUAAUGUUUCACGGUUUUUUUCUUUGGUCGAUUAAAUUUUACAUAAUCCUAAAAAUAUUCUACCGAAGUAUUGCAAUGUUAAUAAAUCUAAGUGCGCUGCCUAAUAUUGCGAGGAUUGUUGGCAUUCAAGAAAGUUCUCAAUCAGACAUUUCGCCAUUCUUGUGUUAACCCUGAUGUAUUUAAUUAAUUUAAUGAGAUGGGAGAAAUCCUGUUACAACUAAUACUAGCAACUAAGGAAUUGUGAUUUAAUGAGUAACUUUGUGCGAGUGCGCAGAUGAACUUUUGUGGUAUAUUUGAGGGCAUUCAAAUUUGGUUGGUGCACUGUUUCAGUGAUUUCGAUUAAAUUCUGUCAGCUUGUUUUGUAAUUUGAGCUUCAAAAUACAGAAUCACAAGUAA